ACGACGCUUUCUCAAGUUGAGGUGAGCCAGAAACGACGCUUUCUCAAGUUGAGGUGAGCCAGAAACGACGCUUUCUCAAGUUGAGGUGGGCCAGAAACGACGCUUUCUCAAGUUGAGGUGGGCCAGAAACGACGCUUUCUCAAGUUGAGGUGAGCCAGAAACGACGCUUUCUCAAGUUGAGGUGAGCCAGAAACGACGCUCUGUAUACUACUCAUGCAAUGGAUCUAUAGCCACCCAACGUACGUACGCUGGAUAAUAAAGAUGUUUAAAAAAGGUUUUUGUUGAAUAAAUACUUUUUGAACUGUCAUUUGUAAUUUUUUGAUAGUUAUACAAUGUAGUAUAUGAUGAAAAUUGAUGUUAUAUAUACGUGGGUAAUAGCCGCCCAACGUACGUACGCUGGAUAAUAAAGGUGUUUAAAAAAGGUUUUUGUUGAAUAAAUACUUGGUGUAAGCUUGGCAACUCGAUGGAGCACAUGGCUUGCUGAUUUUGAAAUGUUUAUUAUCUCGAGUGAAAUUAAAGAUAAAAAGCAACAACGAACAUUACUUCUCUGUCAAGAUGGUUCACACAUUCGUGAAAUAUUUUGACAGCUCAACGAUACAGGCGACGACAGCGAAUAUGAACUUGCUAUAACCGAAUUAACGGAAUAUUUUGAGCCUCAAAAAAAUCGGCGAUAUAAAGUGUACAAAUUUCGCGAAGCCAAACAAGAACAAUCAGAAACGUUAGACCAAUUUCAUAAGCGAUUGAGAAAAUUAGCUCAAACAUGUACUUUUGAUGAUGUUGACUUUGAGGUGGAACAACAGAUAAUCAUGGCGGGAUCUUCUUCGUGGAUACGAAAGAAAACACUAAGAGAUCCCGAGUAUAAACUCAGGGAUAUUUUACUGGACGGCCGUAGAGAUGAGCAAAGCACUUAUCAAGCACGGGAUAUUGAGUCAAAGGACAAAAAUAACGACAUGUUGGCCACCAUCCAAUCUGAAUCGACGAGAAAAUGUUAUUAUUGUGGCCGUCCAUACUCACAUCAAGGCUACGAAAUCAUUUAUGUCAGGUAUGUGCAACGUUUUUUUCAACGUCUGUCGCUGGAAUGUUGCAUCAUUUGGUCGCUGUUCAUGAACACGAUGCCAGAUUGCAUAUUCUCUGCGAAGUGCCGGAAUGUAAUUCAACCUUCGCUAAGGUAAACUCUUACAAAAGUCAUCUUAGAAGAAAGCACGCCAAUGUUGACUUAAACUCACGUCAUCUAUGUUGCGUUGAAUCAGCGAGUAGCACUCACAACAAUUUUUGUCCUGAUGAGGAUGGCCUUGAACUGUUAAUUGAUGAAUUCAACAGGGAAAAUGAACUUGAUGACUCUGUUCAAGCAAUGGAACACAAAAAGGCUCAAUUUCUUCUAAAAACAAAAGAAAUCAAUCUGCUCACACAAAAAUGUGUGGAUAACAUUGUAGAAGAUUCCACUGAACUUGUCCAAGGAACAGUCAAAGCAAUUAAACACAGUUUGCAAAAUUGCUUAGAGAAAGCUGGAUUAAAUUAUAAUGAUGUGCCAGGUCUUGAUGAAUUAUUUGAUGAAGGACAUGCUAUCUCAAAUCCAUUCAAACAUAUUUCCACAAAGUAUAAACAGAAUGCUUAUUUUGAGGAGCAUUUUGGCUUAGUUCAACCCAGACGAAUUAAACUUGGACACAGAGUUGUGAAAAGAUGUUUAAGGACUGUGUACAAAGAGAUUCUUAAAGAUGACGAAAUCAUGUACAUACCACUGCUUAAAUCCUUGGAAAAAAUGCUCAAUGUAAAAGGAGUACUUGAACAGCUAAACCAUGGUCAUCUUUGGCAACAUAAACAUGAUGAUGUGAUUGAGGAUUUUUGCGAUGGCCAGUAUUUCAAAACCCAUCCUCUGUUUUCCAAGGACUCAACUGCUUUACAAAUCAUGCUUUACUAUGAUGAGUUGGAAAUUGCAAAUGCCCUUGGUAGUGAAACUAGAAAGCAUAAGUUAGGAGUUGUUUACUACACAACUGGAAAUAUUGAUCCUCGAUAUCGAUCCCAGUGUGAUAACAUUCACCUACUCCUUAUGGCAACAGUUCCACUUAUCAAAAAAUAUGGCAUUGACAUUCUCUUGUAGCCUUUCAUGAAUGACCUUGAAUACCUUGAACAAGUAAGUGAUCCUAUUUAUUGUUUUUUAGCUUAUUACCUGUUAUUGAUAAUUGUGCAGAGUAAGUAGUUUGAUAAAAAUUGCUUAAAAUUAACUGUCACACUUCUUUUUUGAGGAUGGAGGUCACCAGUUCAUUGUUAAAGGUGAACCUAUGUCAUUUUCUGGGACUAUUGUGUUGGUUUCUGGAGACAAUCUUGGAUCACAACUCAUGGGUGGAUUCAAAGAAGGUCCAGGUGCACAUUUGAAAUGCCGGCAAUGCAUGGGGACCACUGAACAAAUAAAGCAGAAGUUUUUAGAAAAAAUUUUACACUUGGAACUCGUGCUGGUCAUGACCGCCAAUGUGAACUGAUUGAAGAAAACCCAGAACUGAGUAAAGCAGAUGGGCUUUGCAGGAGAUCAAUUCUUCGCAACUCUAGGUAUUUUCAUGUAGCAGAUGGCAUGCCAGGUGAUGCAAUGCAUGAUAUACUAGAAGGAGUACUUCAGUAUACAUGUAAAGAAUUGCUAAAGGACUUCAUAUUUAAAGACUCCAAACAUGGUCAUGUCCAAAUGUUUUCGUGUCAAUUUCUAACGCUCGUUCAUAAAAAUCUUUUGCUCUUUCGUACUCUUCCAUAUUAUUGUAAACCAAACCCAGAUUGUUGUACCUUAUCGCAAUUUUAACAUGGUCAGGCCCAAA